CCGUAAGAGUGUGGAAAUUACCUGUCGUGCUGGCUCCACAAACGGGAGGGUUGGAUUGAUCUUUGGAGGCUCAUCUUCACCCUCAGCAGAGAUGUUAACACGGUUGUGUUGGAAAGAAGCAAGAACAGUCUUCUAUAACUGCACACAGCAAAGUUCAGGUUGGUCAGUGUUGCCCAGUUGGAGGAACAUGUCUUUAACUGCAGUGAGAUGUCCCACAGUCCCACUUUCUAAUGGUCUGCACAUUCCAAUUCUGGGAUUAGGCACAUCCCACAGAGGCGGAUACUGUCACGAUGCUGUUGUGUAUGCACUCACUCACUGUGGCGUGCGUCACAUUGACACAGCACAGCAUUACGGCUGUGAGGAGAAACUUGGCAAAGCUAUCAAAGAAAGUGGAUUACCAAGAAGUGAUCUGUGGAUCACCAAUAAAUUGUGGCCUGGGGACUACGGAUACAAAGCUGCAAAAAAGGCCUGCCUUGACUCCUGCUCUGAGAUGGGGGUUGAAUAUUUUGAUCUCUACCUGAUGCACUGGCCAGACCCACAGAGACCUGGUUGUUCCAACAGGGAGAUAAGAGCUGAGACCUGGAGAGCUUUAGAGGAACUGUACAAAGAAGGGGUAUGCCGUGCUAUCGGGGUGAGCAACUUUGUGAUCCGCCACCUGGAACAGUUGAAGGAAGACUGUAGUGUGGUGCCACAUGUUAACCAGGUGGAGUACCAUCCUUUCCAGCAGCCUAAACAGCUGAUAGAUUACUGUCACCAGGAGGGGAUUGUGUUUGAAGGGUUCAGUCCUCUGGCCAAGGGUCAAGUCAUAAGCAACCCCAUAGUUUGCCAGAUAGCAGAAAAGCACCAACGGACACCUGCUCAGAUCUGCAUCCGCUGGAGUAUUCAGAAUGGAGUUGUCACAAUCCCUAAAUCCACCAAAAAGACCAGGGUACAAGAAAACUGUGAAGUGUUUGGGUUCCAGCUGGAGGACGAUGACAUGACUGCUUUAGCAAGUUUGCAUGAUGGAAGACAUGUUUCUUGGGAUCCAACAAAUGUGGAGUAACAGUAUGUGGGAACAUGAGGAGACUCCAUGAUGUGAAGUUUAUUCAUCUCAGCAACCUCCUAUGAAAAGUAUAAAUCUACGUGUAGACUCUCUCCUUCGCUUCCUCUGGCCCAUGUUUAGUGUGGUACAUACCAUGUCACCAAACAGCACAGUGACUACUGUAACCCUAUAAAUAGGACGACUGACUCUACAUUACAAGUUUGUAGACAUCUGUGAUGCUAAUUAGAGGACACACCUUGAUUGAACAUGUCCCUAUGGUCUCAUUAUUUUCAGUCUUUUCUGGAGGUACCAUCAUUUUUGUCCAGGCCUGUUUCACAAGUUUAUUUUUUUAAAUAAUUCUGUUGAACCACAGUUCAAAAGCAAUGUCUGAUUUUCAUUGGUUAAUUUUCAUAGAAUUUUUAUUUAUUAUUACUUUUGUCAGAUUCAAAUUAUUUCUGUGACCAUUGUGGGUUUUUCAAUCAUUAACCGAGAGGUACCAACAAUUUUGUCCAUGUGUGUACAAGCAACUUUGUACUAUUAUCUACUACUAUAUGUACUAUUAUGGCUACAGCUGUGUUACAUUAUGUGAGUCACUUUAAAGAGGGUGAAUACUUAAGCACUUAUUAUACAAAUCUGUUUUCACUUUGACACAAAAGACUUUUUUGAAAAUUAGUGAAAUUGCCCAUGAUUCAGUUUUGAAAUGCUGCUUUAUAGGCUCUGUAAAGCAGACUGGAUAUGGCAAACAUAAGUAACAGAUGAUAGUAGUGAAUCAAAAUCUCAAUAAAUAUUUGCCUUUGCAAAAA